AUGUCGCAGGAAAAAACAGAAUCACAACUAGAUUUUAAAUCUCGCACUUGCGAUCCGUGCAAAUUUGAAAACAAUGAAACUAAAGCGGAGGGGUUUUGUCGCACGUGCCGGGAAUAUCUGUGCAAGAAAUGUGAACAAUUCCACCGGAAGUUCCAAGCGACGCGGGGUCACAAAAUCGUCCAUGGCGUCCUCAUGCCGAAACCAGUCAAGACGACGAUGACGUCAUGCGAGUUUCACGAGAACAACGCGGUUCAGUACUUCUGCAAGGAACAUCACGACGUCAUAUGUGCAGACUGCAAGGAUUUGAAACACAAGAUCUGUCCAAGUGUUGUUUCUCUAGAGUUUUACCAGAGUACCGAAAUCGAGGAGCAGAAAUUUACCAAAGUUGCGAGAAAACUGAAUAAGAUAAUUGAUGACUUUAAAAACGUUCUUGAGUUGAGGAAGCAAGAUAAAGAUGAUAUUGACUCACAGAGAGACAAGUGUCAGAAGACAAUUUGGGAGCUGCGAGCUGAGUUCAACACUUUACUAGACAGGCUUGAGAAAGAUAUUCACGAAGAAUUGAAUGAGUUCCACGCAGCUGAGGUGAACCUGACACAGGAACAUCAACUCAUUUGCGAGAAAUCUGUAGAAAUUCUUGAAAAGGUUGUUGAUAAUGUAACUGAGGUCAGAAAAACAGAAGAGCCAUUAGCGGCGUUUGCUACAUUCACCAAAGCGACAAAGAAGGCUAAAGAGUAUAAACGCGUAUUAAAAGAUGUAAAAAGAGAUGCAAGAACUGUUGAAAUAAAAUUACAACCGGCGAGGGAACUAAUAGAAUCCAUGAAGCGUCUAAUAUGCCUCGGAAACUUGCAAACGCUGAUUGUUCCAAAAACCUACCAUUUGAAGCUCAAGAGGCUUCGCAAACCAAACAUGCGAGUCGUUGAAACGCUCGUGCACUCCGUCCGCAUGCCUGGCGACGAUGAAAAGCACGACUGUGAGGUUACUGGCUCAACUUUCUUACAGGACGGAAGUCUGGUCAUAUGCGACAAACACAAUAACAAGGUCAAGCUACUGGACCGACACCUUGCCUGCAAGUAUGAUUUGAAGCUGGACGGAGCACCGUGGGACGUUGCAGAGGUCAACGCUAACUGGAUUGUCACUACGCUGCCGUUCACGAAGAAACUGGUGUUCCUGAAUGCUGACGGAAACGAAGGUCUGAGAAAAGGUCGCACCAUACAGACGGAGAGGAUGUGCUGGGGAGUAGCCAUCUGCGCGGAGGACAUCAUCAUUUCAGUUCACGAUAACCCAGGACAUGGAAAGAUUCAUAUCCUUGACAAAAGAGGGCAUACAAAGAAAAUUAUCGGAGCAGAAGCAGAGCAGACGACAUAUCUGUUUGAGUUGCCGUCAUAUCUCGCUGUAAGCCAUGACGGUGAGAGGAUUUACGUUGCCGACGGUGAUGCUAAACGUACAAUCACGUGCAUUUUGAAAAAGAACGGAAACAUCGUCUAUGACUACAACGUGUCGCAGUUCGGAUACGCGAAAUCAACAAACGUUACUGAGAUGCACAACCCAUGGUCGUUCAAGAUUAUUGUCGAUGAGGAUGAUUACGUUUUUGCCAACCUGGGAGACAAAGAUAUGAUCCAGGUGAUAACAGACAAAGGCGUCAAGGGAAAGACAAUACUGAGGAAUACUGAGAAACUGUUCGGCCCUCACACAAUGUCUUACAGAGAGAUUGACGCCACACUUAUCAUUGGACUUUGGGAUCAGGUUCAGUCAUUCAGGUUUAAAGAGAUUGAAGUUAAAACAUGA